AGUGCUCGGAGUCACACGGUUUGCCUGGCAUUGUUGGGUACCGACGCUCAUGAUUUGGAGCUUUUACAGAAAUUGAUGAAUAUCCCCUGCAUGCCUAUUGUAUGGAUUGAAAGCCACGAUCCUGAUGUGAAAAAGGGGAAGAUUCCAGAACAGAGCCGUUUUCUUGAAUCCUGACCCCCAUACAACUCCUGACAUUACCCAUUUCAAGUGUCACCGAAAAACUGUCAGAAGACUUGAGCCAUGCCCUGCGUUCAGGCUCAGUAUGGAUCAUCACCUCAAGGAGCUAGUCCUGCUUCCCAGAGCUACAGCUACCAUACCGCAGGAGAAUACAGCUGCGACUUCUUAACACCUGAGUUUGUUAAGUUUAGCAUGGACUUGACCAACACUGAGAUCACAGCUACUACUUCUCUCCCUAGUUUCAGUACAUUCAUGGACAACUAUAACACCAGUUACGACGUUAAACCGCCCUGUCUGUAUCAAAUGCCCCACUCUGGAGAACAGUCCUCUAUCAAGGUGGAGGAAGUCCAGAUGCACAGCUACCAUCAGCAGAGCCACUUGCCACCUCAGUCGGAAGAAAUGAUGGCUCACUCUGGGCCUAUGUACUUCAAACCCUCCUCGCCUCAUGCCCCAAGUACGCCAAACUUCCAGGUUCAGCCAAAUCACAUGUGGGAGGAUCCGAGCUCCCUCCAUAGUUUCCACCAGAACUAUGUUGCGGCAACUUCUCAUAUGAUAGACCAGCGCAAGAAUCCGGUGUCGAGGCUUUCGCUGUUCUCCUUCAAGCAGUCUCCCCCUGGUACUCCUGUUUCUAGCUGUCAGAUGCGGUUCGACGGCCCGCUGCACGUCUCCAUGAACCACGACAACCCAGGCGCGCACCGUGGCCUCGACAGCCAGAGCUUCGCGGUACCCAGCGCCAUAAGGAAACAGGCUGGCCUGGCCUUUCCUCACUCCCUUCAGCUCGGCCAUGGCCACCAGCUGAUGGACAGCCAAGUACCAUCGCCCCCGUCCCGAGGAUCUCCAUCAAACGAGGGUCUGUGUGCAGUAUGUGGGGACAACGCAGCCUGCCAGCACUAUGGAGUGAGAACCUGCGAGGGCUGCAAAGGAUUUUUCAAGCGCACUGUUCAGAAAAAUGCAAAAUACGUGUGUUUAGCAAAUAAAAACUGUCCUGUUGACAAACGCCGAAGAAAUCGUUGCCAGUACUGCCGUUUCCAGAAGUGCCUUGUCGUCGGAAUGGUGAAAGAAGUUGUCCGGACGGCUAAUCUAAAAGGUCGAAGAGGACGCCUACCAUCCAAACCUAAAAGCCCCCAGGAGCCAUCCCCACCCUCGCCGCCGGUGAGCCUCAUAAGCGCACUUGUUAGGGCCCAUGUGGACUCCAACCCCUCCAUGUCUGCGCUGGACUACUCCAGAUUCCAGGCUAACCCUGACUACCAAAUGACUGGAGACGACACUCAGCACAUCCAGCAGUUCUAUGAUCUUCUGACGGGCUCCAUGGAGAUUAUCCGAGGCUGGGCGGAGAAGAUCCCCGGGUUUUGUGAUCUACCAAAACAAGACCAAGAUCUCCUCUUCGAAUCAGCCUUCCUUGAGCUUUUUGUUCUGCGACUGGCAUACAGGUCCAACCCGGUGGAAGGCAAACUUAUUUUUUGUAAUGGAGUGGUCUUACACAGGCUACAGUGCGUCCGUGGAUUUGGGGAAUGGGUGGACGCUAUCGUGGAGUUUUCUUCUAACUUGCAGAGCAUGAAUAUAGACAUCUCAGCUUUCUCCUGCAUCGCGGCGCUGGCCAUGGUAACAGAGCGACACGGGCUUAAAGAACCCAAGAGAGUUGAGGAUCUUCAAAACAAGAUAGUCAACUGCCUCAAAGAUCAAGUGACAUUCAAUGGCGGUGGAUUGAAUCGUCCCAACUACUUGUCAAAACUCUUGGGAAAGCUCCCUGAACUCCGCACACUCUGUACCCAAGGUCUGCAGCGUAUCUUUUACUUAAAACUAGAAGACCUAGUCCCACCGCCAGCAAUAAUUGACAAACUUUUCCUCGACACUCUACCUUUCUGAGUUUGACGCUUUGGCUCAAUGGCGAGACCUCAAAGAACUUCCAAAGACUCUGUUUGAGUCAGCCUGACAGAUUUUUAACAUAUUAUUUCUGAAUAUUUGCAAGCUCCGUAGGCUAUUAGAACAACAAUACCUAUUAUGAGUAAGGAUUCAUGAGGAAAAAAAAGAUUAACAGGAUGAAAACAAAGAACUGAGCCCUCGUUUUGAUUGCCAUGUAAUUCCUUGAAAUUAUUGUGAGUGCCAAAUGAAUGAAUCACCGCGGGGAAUUUCUCUCCAAAUGGACAAAUUGUCAACAAAAUUAAUCCGGUCUUGCAAUUAUCACUUACUGUUUAUUUAACAUCAGCUCCACUGAUUAAGCAUACUCAGAUGUAAUAUAUUCCAUUUAUAUAUACACACACUGUAUAUUAUGAUAGAUUAUGUGAUGCGUCCAAUGCAUCAAUUUAUAACGUGUAUAAAGUUUGUUAUAAUGAAGAGAUUUCUUUUCUUUUUCUUUUUUUUUUCUUUUAUGACUCGUGCCUAUGUGUUUCUGUCAGGAUCCCAAGGUUUGAAAGAAAAGACAACGCAUGUUCUAGGUUUUAUAGGCACUUGCUGAGGUGAUGUCUAUAUACAAUAUAUACCGGACACUAUGUAGUCUGCUAGAUUUGAUACAGAUUCGUAGUACUGGCACACCUUUUAUGUAUGACGCAUAUGUGGAAAAGUAUCUCAUCUGUAUAGAAAAUGAGGGACCCAUGGUGUUUGUAAAACUGUCAGACAUUCCUUGUUUGUAUGUGUUGUAAGUAUUGUUGCUGUUGAAUAUAAACGUUUCUAUAUAUUUAUUAUUUCUAUUGCCAAGAGCUACACUAAGCAUGGUGCAAUUUAAACGAUUUCAAUCCAUCCAAAAUUCAUGCUGAGCACGUUGUCUAUGUUUCAUGUCUUAUAUACGUCUAGGUAGUUAUGAUUUAACACGUUUGGAAAUGAAAACUCCAUCUUAUAUCAAAGGUUCAUGAGUGUGUGAUAGGCCUACAUCCUUGCCAUCAUAUGAUGUAUUUAGACUACUGCAACGCAUUUGGUGCCGAAUUCAAAACCUUUAGAGAGAAAGAAAUAUUUAAUGUUUACAAAUAAAACUUUUAAAUCAAUUCUUUGCUAAAUAAGUUCUCUGAAAUUAAUUUGUUCCUCAAAAUACAAUUUUCCUGA